CAUGAAGCCAUGCUAUCAUCAGUUGACUGAUAGUUGGCCACCGGUACACCGGCCGUUUAAUCACUUUAAUGCAAUGAGUAAAUGUUUUGAUCAUGAAUUUAUGUUGUUCUUGACUCAUGGGAAGGCAAUACAAGAAGAAAUCACCAAAUAUAUUUGUAUCUGUAGAGUCCAACAACUUGAGUGCACAACAGAAAAUGACCUCCUUUUACAUCAAAGAAGAACCUAAACAUGAAGGGAAGGGCAUGGCUGUGAAGGAGGAGCUAAUUUGCAUUGAUGGAAUUGAGACUGGUUGUUGUGACCUGCCGACUCCACCUCCUCCACCUUGUGUGUCGUGCAAGGAGGAAAGCCACACUCAUGAGGCUCACCAAGGCAGCACACAGGACAUUGAUGUUCAGCUGGAGAAACAGGUUGGGGUGCCGUGCAAGGGUGAGGACAGCUCUGGCCAGGGAGCACAGAUGGCUGCUCCUCAAAGGAACAUGGAUGAAGGAAUGACAGCCAUAGAAACCAAUGACUCACCUGUAGCAGACAAAAUGAUCUCCAUUUUCAUCAAGGAAGAACCUGAAGAUGGAGGAGAGGGCGUAACUGUCAAGAAAGAAUCAACUUGCAUUGAUGGAAUUGAGACUGGCUGUGGUGUGCCGUGCAAGCAAGAAGCUCACCAUACAGCACAUGAAGCUCAGCAAGGUGGCUCCCAGGACAUAGCUGCUCAGCUUGAGAAACAGGAUGGAGUGCAACGCAAGGUUCAGCACAGAUCUGCCCAGGAAGCUCAGACGGCUGUUCUUAAUUUGAAUUUGGAUGAAGGAAAGACUGAUAUUAAAGGUAGUAUUUCUUCAGGCUCUACAAAUUCAUCGAAAACGAAUCAAAUUUCUGAAGGCGGUUCAAGUAAUAAGCUACAAUGUGAACUGUGUGGCCAUUGCUCUACACGUAAACUUCUUCUCAAGCAUCAUAUGUUUUCUAAGCAUGGUUUGGGGCAAGGAUUUACAUGCAAGAUGUGUGAUUUUGUCACUGCUGUGCAACGGCACCUUAAAAACCAUAUGAUUUCAAAACAUGGUGUAGGAACUGGGUUACACUGCAAGAUGUGUGAUUUUGCCACUGCUGAGAAACACUAUCUCAAAGCACACUUGCUUUCAAAGCACGGUAUUGGAGCAAGUUUCCAAUGCGAGAUGUGUGAUUAUGCCACCGCUGAGAAACGUAAACUCAAAACCCAUAUGGUUUCAAAACAUGGUCCAGAAUCUGGGCUGCAAUGCAAGAUUUGUGAUUAUGUUGCUGCUGAGAAACGAUGCUUCAACGGCCACAUGCUUUCAAAACAUGGCAUAGGUGCUGGGUUCCAGUGCAAGAUGUGUGAUUAUGUCGCGACCAGGAAACAGAAUCUCAAAGCUCACUUUCUGUCAAAACACAAAAUAGGUUCUGGAUUUCAAUGCAAGAUGUGUGAUUAUGUCGCUGGUCGGCAAGGAACCCUCAAAACGCACAUGAUUUCAAAACAUGGUGUAGGAAGUGGAUUCCAAUGCGAGAUGUGUGAUUAUACCACUGCAAAGAAACUUCUCCUCAAAACCCACAUGAUAUCAAAACACGGUAUAGGAACGAGCUUACAAUGUCAGAUGUGUGAUUAUGUUACUGCUAAGGGAAUUCUCCUUAAAACACACUUGCUUUCAAAACAUGGUAUAGGAACUGGGUUCCAAUGUAAGAUGUGCGAUUAUGUUGCUCCUCGACGACAAAACUUGAAAAUUCAUAUGAUUGCAAAGCAUGGCAUAUGAACUGGCUUGCAAUGCCAGAAGUGCGAUUAUGUCACUGCUGAGAAAUGUCUCCUCAACGCGCACUUGAUUUCAAAACACGGUAUAGGAGCUGGGUUCCAAUGCCAGAUGUGUGAUUACGUUACUACUCGCAAACAACACCUCAAAACUCACAUGAAAUCCCAACAUCCCAUGCCAACCACGAACAGGGAAGAUUAACUUGUAACUUACUUCAACCUUGCACUGGAAGCUGAAGUUGUCAAUUUUCUGUAGAAGUAAAUGUAAUACAAUAUUAUUAUUAUUAAUGUAUUUUGUGCAAAAUUAAAGUUCAUUGUGAUUAAGAGAGUAUUGACAAAGCCCGUAUUAUAAAUAGAUUAUAUUCUGUUGUCAACUUUCAAUCUAGAAAGUUCUUUCUAGAUUGAAGAUUCUACUAGAAAGAAUCUUCUUUCUUCUUGAAUAUUCUUCGUUUUAGAUUCUUUCUUUCUUCGUGCAAUAGAAUAGAACUGAUAGAGGGAAUAUUAAUUUGGAAUUUUGGAAGCAGUAGUUAAGGUUUUGGGAGCUGAUUAUGAGUUUAAGAGCGAUGAGAGGUGACGUAGACAAGUUUUAUAAAACAAGUAACAUGAGAAGACAUCGGGGUAAGGCCAGGAUUAUUCCUUUACCGCCAAAUCGGACUUUCAAGUCGCCUUUCAAAAAAACACCUGUAUAUAGGGAAUAUUUCUCACUCGUAUGGCUCAGUAGCCCAACUGGCCUCCGGCCCUUCAGAUUACACUGCUAUGCAAAGCUCAACAAGUGAAUGAGCGGUUUGUUUACAUUCGUUCGUCAGUUGCCCGCCAACUUCCGUGGCAUUAUGAUAUGCACUAUCGCUCUAAGUUCGAACCUAAAUCUGUCCAAAGUGCUUAGUCCCGCGUUUUGAACAUCAAUUUUGAUUAUUGAUCAACUCCUGUGACUAGUUUAUAGUAAAACUCAGUGUUUCC